UGACACAAAAAAAAAAAUAAAAAAAUAAGGAACAACCUAAAAAUCUUAGUAAUCAAAUGUAGCCACGUAGGCAUGAAUCCCCGGCCCCAAAAAAUCUACUGCUAAAUCAGCGGCCUAUCACUCCCCGCUGGCCUUAUCAGUUAGUGUCCUUCUUUGCCAACUUGUUGACUUGUACAAUCUCCACUCUCCACCAUAAGCUCAAACUUUCUAUAUAUAAACUAAGCAAUCCCAAACCAAACAGUUGCCAAACCAAACAAUGGCCCUGUUAUCGCCACCCCCAUCCAAGCCUAAACCUUACCCAUUUUCUCCCCUUCCCCAAGCUGUUCAUAGGCCAGCAAUAAGAAGCACCUUACCUGCUCAACAAAAACUUAGUUUAAAUUCCUUUACAUUACGAAUUGGCGCGGUUAAUAAGCGCGAUUGUUGUGGACUGGAAGGAAAAGUAAGAUGCACCAGAAGACUAAUCCCAGUUGUGAGUGCAGCUGCAAUGCCGGUAUCAGAAAAUGGAAGAGAAUCAUCAAACUUUAAGAGAAUUCUGCUUUCUGAUGUUGUGGUGACGCGGCCGAGGAAUGUGUUAUGGGGUAGGAAAUGGAAUUCAUUGGAUAUGGGCUCAGCUGCCGUGGUGGUGUCUAUGCAUUUGCUCUGUCUAUUUGCACCUUUUACUUUCAAUUGGGCUGCUGUUGGAAUUGCAUUUGGCUUAUAUGUAGUCACUGGACUUCUCGGUAUUACGCUUUCUUUUCAUAGAAAUCUAUCUCAUAGAAGUUUCAAACUUCCCAAAUGGCUUGAGUACUUUUUUGCCUAUUGUGGUGUUCAAGCAGUUCAGGGGAACCCAAUUGAUUGGGUGAGUACUCAUAGGUACCACCAUCAGUUUUGUGAUUCAGAGAAAGACCCUCACAGUCCUAUUGAAGGAUUUUGGGUCAGUCACAUGAGUUGGAUGUUCGAUACCAACACCAUUACGGAGAGGACUGGGAAGCCCAACAAUGUGGGAGAUUUAGAGAAGCAACGCUUCUAUCAAUUUGUUCGUGAUACAUAUAUAGUUCAUCCUGUAGCACUUGCAGCUCUGUUAUAUGCAAUGGGAGGAUUUCCUUACAUUGUUUGGGGAAUGGGGGUGAGAAUUGUGUGGGUGUACCACAUAACUUGGCUAGUAAAUUCAGCAUGCCAUGUAUGGGGAAAGCAGGCGUGGAAUACUGGUGACUUAUCAAGGAACAAUUGGUGGGUGGCGUUGCUUGCAUUUGGAGAGGGUUGGCACAACAACCACCAUGCUUUUGAGUAUUCAGCUAGACAUGGCUUAGAAUGGUGGCAACUUGACAUGACUUGGUAUGUAGUAAGGUUUCUUCAAGCAGUUGGAUUGGCCACUGAUGUCAAGUUGCCAACUGACACUCAUAAACAGAGGCUGGCAUUAGCUGACAGUUAGGGAAAAACACAAUAUAUAUAUAUAUGUAUCACGAGAAAUUUAGAUUCUUGGGUGACUAAUUAAUGUAACUACAUUGAGCACACACGGGUGAAGCUUCUUUCCUCUGCUCCUUCAUUUUGUAACUACGUGGAAUGAUAGCUACAUUUGCUC